AUGGGGUCCGCGGCGUCGACCGACAGGGCCGAGCGGCGGAGGCGGGACCGGGCGCCGGGGCACAGCGGGGCCCCCGACCCCCUGGCGGCGCUUCCCCAGGAUCCUUCGGUGCGAGCGUCGGCAUCGGAGGCGGAUGUGAGCAGAAACGGGCGUAAGGUGGCGCCAGAGCCCAAGGAUGAGGAAGACACGGAGCCGCUGCCGGGAUCUCCCAGCUUCCGGAUCUACUGCCAGAAGGCGGCCCGGGUCGACGCUCUGGUGGCCGAGGCCGCCGAUGAAAACGCGGACGGCGACCUCGGCGCCGAUGAAAACGCGGAUGGAGACCACGGCGACGAAUUCGCCAGUGCUACCACGUAUACGACUCUGGCGGUCAGGAAGAACGACCCUCCACAAUGCUCCGGCGAGGUAGGCAUCUCAGCAAACUCAGCAUUAGCAAAUGCACCAAUGGCUUACUCUGCUACUCUGAAUCCCUCUGACACGCAACGCAGUUGCCCAAAUGCAAGGAUGGGUGGCUGA